UUUUCCUCUCCUUCUAUUUGAACUCUGAACAACAAUAUUAAAUGACUAAUUAACCCACCCUGUGCGCACAAUUUAUAACCGGAAUAAUGAGAGAGUAUAAAGGUGGAGAAUUUGCGAAAUUAUUUAUCAUUCAGAAAGGAUCAGCGUAAAAGUGGACAAGUCUUAACUGCAAUGAAUUUUGAAACCUUAGCAACUAUUGCAGCCAUUCUCCUCUGCCCAGUGGAACUCAAUGCAACACAGAAUGGUGGCAAGCGCGACUUUGAUAAACUUGAGCGUGGUAGACACUGGAAUGGUAGAAACGAAGGCAAACACAGAUCUACCUCACCGGGAUCAUCAUCCAGUCAUUUUGACAGAGGUGGUCGAGAAGAAUCAACAGAAACAUUUUUUCCAAAUGAAGGCUCUGCGGGACAAACUACUACGACUAAAACAAUCACCACAUCAUCAACAUCAUCGGCCACUCUAAUCGGAGGUGAAAUAAUUGGUACAUCGAAAGAGAAGGUAGUACUCGGUGGUCAUGAUUACAUCUGUGAUUGCAGUGGUUGUGUCCAACAUACAUAUGAAUUAACAGAUGACGACCUAAGUUUUGUUAAUAUUACGGUGAUCGCCACUGUCCAUACGGAUGUUCAAGUUCAAAAUUGUGGGAUACUGUUGACGAAACUAAGAAACGACUAUGAGCAACUCACUAAUAAGGUGAUAACAGUUGAUUCGUUCAUCUCAGCGUUAACGAAAGAAAAGAAUUCCGUUGUGAGUGAUCUGAAAAAGUGUCGCGGAAAAAAUGCUCUCAUCACCGACGACCUUCUGAAAGUUACAACCGAAUUGAAAAAUGUAAAAAAGAAACUACAGGACACCAUUGACGAUAGCGCCAAACUGAAAACACAGUGGGUGUCAGUCACUGCUGACUCAGAAAAAUGGAAGACAAAAUCCGACAGCCUUGAGAUCGAUUUGAAAAGAGCAUUGGAUAGUAAUGGGCUGUUAACAAUCACAGUGAACGAAUACUCAACGACCAUAGCCAAUCUUCGUUCAACGAUUAAUGAGAUCACAAUCAAAAACAAUAUGUGCGGUAACGACUCGAACGAAUGGAAACGGAAAUGGGAAACGGAAAAUUCGAAGGUAGUGACGAACGAGAAAAGGAUAAAGGAAUUGGAAGCUACCAAUAACGACCUCACAUCCAGAAUAACGAAACUGACCAUCGACUUGACGAGCUGCAGGAAUGGAAAUGCACAAAACGACAAGGAGAUCAAUAAACUCAAGGACACAGUUACGGAUUUGACGAAGCAAUUGUCGAAAUGCACCGUUGAUUUGGGAAGCUGUAACGAUGUGUUGAAUCGUGUGACGAAUGAAUUUAACGCUGACAAACUGCAAGAUGUCGAAGCGGCAAAACUUCGAGCCAAAAUUGAACUGGAACUGGGCGAAUGUGUUAACAGGAAGAAGGAAGUGGAACAGAAUUUGGAAACGGAGAGAAAAGCUGUGGACAAAUGCAAGGCUGAAGUUGUAACCAUGCGAAACGAGUGUUCCACACGAUACAAGAAAUUUGAGGACGACAUUAUCGUUUUGAAAUCAAAUAACCAAAUUUCCAUCGACAAGUGCCAGGCAACUCUUAAAUCAGAAAUAGACAUCAAUGUCAACAGUCGAACCGAGAUUACCGUUUUAAAAAAUCAAAUCACCGAUUUUGAGACAAAGUUGUCCGUUUCCAUUAAAAAUUCGGAAGACUGGCAGAAACGGAACCAAUUCUGCGAAGAUGACUCAAUCAAUCUCAAACAAAAGAUCGAAUCUCUCCAGACAAAUGUGGCCGAUGUCAACCAGCAUCUUACCACAUGCGUAACUAACGCAAAUUCACUGCAAAUCGACAUAACAUCGUGCCAAUCGAAACGGGACGUGUGUACCGAUGACUUGGAACGAACUAAAAAGAAACUGGUCGACAGUGAGCUCGUCAUUGUUAACUUGAAUAUUAAUGUCAGUUCGCUGGAGACUGCUAGGAAAACUUGCCAAACUGAGCUAUCGACAUUACGUUGCGAUGUCGAUCAGUAUCUGAGGAAUACCAAGUCUGCGCAAGAGAAGGUCAAUGUUGCUGUACUUCAAGUUCUGAGCUUUUUGGACACGGACAAGAAAUUCUUAGGAGACUUCAUUGACUCGCACGAUACAACCUGCAAAAUUUAGAUGUCCUGUCCGUAUAAGCCACUGCCUCUGAUAUCCGAACCCAACCGCUUUUGUAAUGUCUUAUUUUGUGGAUCCGAUGAAUAAAGCGGAAUAGUUAAUGUAA